AUGGCCACCCUCAGACCUCUGGUGAAACCAAAGAUCAUUAAAAAGAGGACCAAGAAAUUCAUCCAGCACCAGUCAGAAAUUCAAUAUGUCAAAACUAAGUGCAACUGGAAGAAACCCAGAGACAUUGGCAAUAAGGUGCACAGAAGAUUCAAUGACCAGAUCUUGAUGUCCAACAUUGGCUAUGGGAACAAGAAAGUAAAGUACAUGCUGCCCAGUGGCUUCCAGAAGUUCCUAGUCCACAACAUCAAGGAGCUUAAAGCACUACUGUUCUUCAGCAAAUCUUACAGUGCAGAGAUUGCUCACAAUGUCUCCUCUAAGAACUGUAAAGUCAUUACGGACAGAGCAGCCCAGCUGGCCAUCAGAGUCACCAAUUCCAGUGCACGCUGCACAAUGAAGAAAAUGAAUAGACAGCUUAUGUGCAUGUCAUAUUUGUGUUAA